AUGAAAGCUUCGGUUCUUCUCUUGUUGGUUCUGGGAAUUUGUAACUCGCUAGGUAGUGAUCAGGUCCCGGAAGAGGUGGGAGGAAGAGAUUUGGCCAAGGAAGAAGAAAAUGUCGACUCGACUUCUUCCUCCACCCAAAACCUCAGAGGAAAACCAGUUCCAGAUCAAGCCAAUGGCGUCAGGGAUGGAGGAGAAUCUCAGCCCUCAGUUUUGACAGAUGCUCUCAAUAGCGUAUUGAAUUAUGGCAAAUCAUUGUUAGCAUCCAGUACACCAGAGACUAACGACAAGGCAACUCCAGAGAAAUCCACAUCUGAGAACGAUGGAGAUGUUGCUACUAAACCUGAAGGCGAAGAAGAAAAAGCCAAGGAAGACCAUGGCACUGAACCUGUUACUGACCCUCAAGCUGGAGGUUUGCUAUAUUCCGGGGCCUCCAGUCUCUGGGAAGUUGGCAAAUCGGCCGUAGACUAUGCUUCGCCGCCUCUAUCAUACGCCUAUAAUCAAGCGGCUGCUGGCAUGCAGUGCGCUUCGGAUUACCUAGAGGUAAAGGCUCCGACUUUGCACAGUGGACUUUCAUUCACUGGUGGUCUGGUGUCGACUGGUGCUGGUUAUUUAGGACAGGGAGUUGCCUUGGCAACAAAGGGAGUGAUUUAUGCUGCCCCGGUGGUUAUAAAUGGAGCAUGGUCUGCUGGAGAGGCUACUUACAAUGCGGGUGUAGCCGCUGCGAAUUACGUCUAUGAAAAUGCUCCAACGGCCACUAGUACCGCUAUUGAUGGAGCAUAUUAUGCCGGGAAAGUCACCUAUGAUACCGUUGCAAAUGUUGCAAAUUAUGUUGGCGAUAAAUUCCCGAUAACUAGGAGCGCUGUCAAUGGAAUAUGGUGUGCCGGAGAGACGGUUUUUAAUGCAGGUGCAACAGCCGGAACUUUUGUAGGAUCAUGCUUUUCAUCGGCAUAUAAAUACAUGAGUGGAACACCAACUCCUGAAGUCACAGGUCAAAAUUCAGAAGCCAAAGAGGACGGUACUCUCAAGGUUCCAGAAGAGAAGGAGCUAGAAAAAUCUCAAGAAGCUAAAACUUCUGAAGGAGGAACUGCUCCUGGCAAUAAUAGUCCCAGUGGUACUGGUAAUGUUGGAACUGGAGUAGCUAUGGCCUCUGCUAUUCCCUCCGCCUCUAGCGUCAUAGGAAGUGCAACUUCGUUGGUUUCUAGUGCUUGGGGAAGUGUAAGUAAUUGGAUAUCGGGAAAGUAA